CCCCUCGCACUACGGGUCGCGGCUGGGGCCGCCCCGGUGGCGGGGACGCGGCCGCCCCCGGCCCCGCCCUCGCCCCGCCGCUCCGGCCCAAGAUGGCGGCGCUGAGCAGCGGCGGCAGCGCCGAGGGGGCCUCGCUCUUCAACGGGGACAUGGAGCCCGAGCCGCCCGCGCUCGGCGCCGGCUACGCGGGGGGCGGCAGCGGGGACCCGGCCAUCCCGGAGGAGGUAUGGAACAUCAAACAGAUGAUUAAAUUGACACAAGAACAUAUAGAAGCACUGCUAGACAAAUUUGGAGGAGAGCAUAACCCGCCUUCAAUAUAUUUAGAGGCCUAUGAAGAGUACACCAGCAAGCUUGAUGCUCUACAGCAGAGAGAACAGCAGUUACUGGAAUCCAUGGGGAAUGGAACUGAUUUCUCUGUCUCCAGUUCAGCUUCAACAGACACAGUUGCAUCAUCUUCCUCCUCUAGCCUCUCUGUAGCACCUUCAUCCCUUUCAGUUUAUCAAAGCCCUGCUGAUAUGUCACGGAAUAACCCUAAGUCUCCACAGAAGCCCAUUGUUAGAGUCUUCCUGCCCAACAAGCAAAGGACUGUGGUUCCAGCAAGAUGUGGAGUGACAGUCCGAGACAGCCUAAAAAAAGCUCUGAUGAUGAGAGGUCUUAUUCCAGAAUGCUGUGCUGUUUACAGAAUACAAGAUGGAGAGAAGAAGCCAAUUGGCUGGGACACAGAUAUUUCCUGGCUCACGGGAGAGGAGUUGCAUGUGGAAGUUUUGGAGAAUGUGCCACUCACGACACACAAUUUCGUACGAAAAACGUUCUUCACGUUAGCGUUCUGCGAUUUCUGUCGGAAGCUGCUUUUCCAGGGGUUCCGCUGCCAGACUUGUGGCUACAAAUUCCACCAGCGCUGUAGUACAGAAGUGCCACUGAUGUGUGUUAAUUAUGACCAACUUGAUUUGCUGUUUGUCUCCAAGUUCUUUGAACAUCACCCCAUACCACCGGAGGAGGCCUCCCUAGGAGAGACCACCCCAGCAUCUGGAUCAUACCCCUCAGUGCCCCCCUCAGAUUCUGUUGGACCACCAAUUCUCCCUAGUCCUUCUCCUUCAAAAUCCAUUCCAAUCCCACAGCCCCUCCGACCAGCAGAUGAAGACCAUCGGAAUCAAUUUGGGCAACGCGACCGAUCCUCCUCAGCUCCCAACGUCCACAUCAACACAAUCGAGCCAGUCAAUAUUGAUGACUUGAUUAGAGACCAGAGUUUACGAGGAGAGGGAGGCUCAGCUGCAGGCUUAUCUGCAACACCUCCUGCUUCUUUGCCCGGGUCACUAACCAAUGUGAAAGCGUUACAGAAAUCACCAGGACCCCAACGGGAAAGGAAAUCAUCCUCAUCCUCAGAAGACAGAAAUCGAAUGAAAACUCUUGGUCGACGGGAUUCAAGUGAUGAUUGGGAGAUACCAGAUGGACAGAUCACAGUUGGACAAAGGAUAGGAUCUGGAUCAUUUGGAACAGUCUACAAGGGAAAGUGGCAUGGUGAUGUGGCUGUGAAAAUGUUGAAUGUUACGGCACCCACACCUCAACAGUUACAGGCUUUCAAAAAUGAAGUAGGAGUGCUCAGGAAAACACGACAUGUGAAUAUCCUGCUUUUCAUGGGUUAUUCAACAAAACCCCAGUUGGCUAUUGUUACACAAUGGUGUGAAGGAUCCAGUUUGUAUCACCAUCUACACAUCAUUGAGACCAAAUUUGAAAUGAUCAAGCUAAUUGAUAUUGCACGACAGACUGCACAAGGCAUGGAUUAUUUGCAUGCCAAGUCAAUCAUCCACAGAGACCUCAAGAGUAAUAAUAUUUUUCUUCAUGAAGACCUCACAGUAAAAAUAGGUGAUUUUGGUCUAGCUACAGUGAAAUCACGAUGGAGUGGAUCCCAACAGUUUGAACAGUUGUCUGGUUCCAUUCUAUGGAUGGCACCAGAAGUUAUUAGGAUGCAAGAUAAAAACCCAUAUAGUUUUCAGUCGGAUGUGUAUGCAUUUGGGAUUGUUCUCUAUGAAUUGAUGACUGGACAGUUGCCAUACUCCAACAUCAACAACAGGGACCAGAUAAUUUUCAUGGUGGGACGAGGAUACCUAUCUCCAGACCUCAGCAAAGUACGGAGCAACUGUCCCAAAGCUAUGAAGAGACUAAUGGCAGAAUGCUUAAAAAAGAAAAGAGAUGAGAGACCCCUUUUUCCACAGAUUCUUGCCUCCAUUGAGCUUCUGGCCCGGUCAUUGCCAAAAAUUCACCGCAGUGCAUCUGAGCCCUCGUUGAACCGGGCUGGCUUCCAGACAGAGGAUUUUAGUCUAUAUGCUUGUGCUUCUCCAAAAACACCCAUCCAGGCAGGGGGAUACGGAACUUCUAAACUACCUAGUAUUUGCUUCAUAGCAUCCAGCAGCAGUGUGUUCAGCUCACCCAGCCUCCUCAAGAGCCAACAGUGGCCUGUCCAGUCAUUUUGUCUAGUUUGCCAUGUUUGCAGCAGCUGUACUUUAAAAUAAGCCUAGUGUGAUAUUUACUUUUGAGCAAGUAAACCACAAAAGUAACUUUGUUUUCUUUUUUUGUUGUUUAUUUGGGUUUGGAAGAUGGUUUUGUUUUGAUAAGUGUCAUUCUGUGUUGCAUUUGUGUAUUCACCCUUGUUGAAGAGAAAAUCCAUCUGUGUGUUUGAGAGUUCAGUGGAAUAUUAGUAGAAGAAAUGAAGCCCAUCACCUGGGCAUGGAUGUUGGAUCUAGGGGGGAAAAAUGGACCAAACUUGGGUGUUGGGUUAUUUGGGGAUGGUGGGGGGUUGUGAGGGCAUAAUUUAAAUUAACUCUGUCUAAAAUAAAGUGUAAGUGCAAUAAAUGUGCUUUUUUAUUCAAAGCUGUGAACCUUUCGAAAAAGAAAAACCACAAAAAAAGUCAACCAAAAAAAAAGCACAUCAUUCUUUCAUGAGCCUUGUGUCCUACCUGCCUCCCCUUCCUCCCCCUCUCCACACUUCUCAACUGACAGAAACAUGACAGUGGCCAACUUGCAUGUGUUGGCCACCCAAAUUAACAUUGCUGUUUGGGGGAAAGUCACAAACGGGGCAAAGUCCUGCCCCCUACUUCUGUUCCACUCUUGAAAUCCUCUUGGGCUCAGUGCUGCUCUAGAGCAGGGUCUGUCCCUCUCUGGGAUGCAGGAGCCAGCCCAUGUGCUCUGUGCUCAUCCUGUCUCCAAGUGCAGAGCUCCUCCUGGCCCUCCCUUCUCCAGGUGGAACCCUCCUCCCCCAUCCCUGUGGGUGUAGUGAAGGCUCUCCUGGGCUGGGCAGUGACUUGGUUCUCCAGCAAUUGCAAAAGGACUCAGCCAUCAGCUGCCUGAUGGGAUCCCCCUUUCCCUGCCCCAACACACACAUGCAGGCUGGCCACUGCUGCCUUCUGUGACUCUGCCUUGUUCAGCAGGAGCAGGUGUAGCUGUGUGUAAGCUGUUGUGCAUUACUUGCACUGUCUCUCUUUCUUACUUGAGCACAGGCUGCUUUUCCUAGAUUAGGAAAGGGGCACAGGUCUCCUGGGCUUCCCAGGGAGCACCAUGCAUUGAGCAGUGAUGGAAGGGGUAGCACUCACUGGUUGGACCCUCUGGGGGAGUAAGAGAGGACUGGCUUGUUUAAAGUUUAUAGAUACCCAGAUCUAUAUCCUUUAAACUUUAUUAUUUUUAUAUAUAGUUGAGACAAUGGCAUUACCUCAUAAUACAGAGGCUUGUUUAUGAGAGGCAAAGUACAUAGUAAGGAGAGGAAAGGGAAAUUUAUAUACAGAUUUGAUUUCUUUUGUUUGUUCCUUAGUGCAAUGAAAUGUAUGUCCCACCACUUUAAACUCUGUGCUAACACAUUCCUUUCAGCUGUAUUUUUUUUUUUUUUGACCACCAGAGGUUUGCAAGGGGCUUAUGACUGCAAAGUAGAAGGUCCAGUCUGGUUACUUAAAAAAAAAAACAACCCAUUGUGUUAGUAGAUUUCCAUAGCUGCUUUUUAAAAUCUACAAUGGAGUAAUUGUUUCAAAACUUGUAUUUAUUUUUUAAUUCAUAACAAAAUGUUUAUUUUUUGGUUUCCUGUUAGAUAGGUCAUGGCAACUCCCUUUCGUUCCUUCUCAAGUUUCCCCUGUAAUUGCCAAUACAACUUAUUUUUCUUGUUUGUUCCUUCUCCCUUUACUUUUGUUGUCCCUUCAUUUGUACUUUGGAGUUUUUCUCAUGUAAAUUUGUACAAUGGGAAAUAUUGUCCAGUUUGGUUAGAGAGCAUGGAGACUUAAAACAUAUUAAAAUUUGAUAGCUGAAUUCAGAUUGAAGAAAACUAUUUCAGUGUAAAGUUAUUUAAAGAACUCUGUAUUAUAUGAAAGGCAAAAAGUUCUAUGUACUUGAUGUGAAUAUGAGAAUACUGCUAUAAUAAAGAUUGACUGCAUGGAAAAGUCUGAA